AUCCUCCGUUUUAUCUCUUAUACACUACCAACAAAGUCGUGUGAGGUACUCUUCUUCUUGGACAAGUGGCUUAUUUCUAUCACAUCAUAAUUCACAACUGCAAUCUCUCAAUAUGCUUUCAACUCUUUACUCUUUUAAAAAGUACUCCGUAUGUGUUACUCAUUUGUCUUGGAAAAGACAUUCUUGACUCUUGAGAAGUUCUGCGGAAGGAAAAUAGUUAUACCGUUGCACUAAAGGAGAGUUCAUGUCCUUACAUUUGCCUCUCCCAAAAAAAGAAAAAAAUGUCUAAGCGACGACGUGAUGAAUAUACGCCAAUAGCGGAAGCCAUGAGUUUGAUCAACAACAAAGUGAAUCUCAUAGGUCUGGUCCUCCAAACUGGCUUUCCAAAGAAGUCUAAAGGCACUGAUUUCUUCUGCUUGGUUAAAAUCAUUGAUGAGUCGUACCCAAAUGGCGGGCUUUCUGUUAAUAUUUUCACAGAGACGAUGGAUAAAUUGCCUGUGGUACUUUCUCAUGGUGGUGAUAUUAUUCUGCUUUCUCAAGUUGUGAUGAAAGUUCAUGAAUCUGUGGUUUAUGCUGUGUUCAACAAAAAGUUCUCUUCGUUUGCUUUAUUUGAUGGAAAAUUUAGUACAAGCUUUCUUCCUUAUCAAUGCUAUUUGAUUUAUCUUGCUAAGGAGCAAGACAAAAAAUUUAUACUUGGUCUGAGGAAGUGGCUGGUUGAUCACCCUACCGCACUAGAUUCUAGUAAUUUCCAAUCCUUAAAAGAUAUCAGGGAAGGCGGCGGCUUCAAUUUGCUUUGCAAGUUAAGGAAACACGUUGCUGGUUGUUUUGGUGUUCUUGAGUCUUGGCUGUGGACCCAUGCACUGAAUAUUUUCAUUGCAAAUUUCGAUGGCAUAUGCAAGAUUCUUCGUGUAUGGGAAAUUAGAAAAGAUGAGUGGAUGCUUCUUGUGUGGGAUGGAACAGACACUCCACCAGUCGCUAUUAAUUCUAAGCUAGAGGAUGAAAUGGAUAACCCUCUUCCUUUAGAGUCAGUCCCAGUUUGUCUGCCAAGAGAUAUUUUAUGUAACUUGCCACGUCUUGGAACUGUUCUGUCGGUAACUCUAGAUUGUGGCAAUGAGAAACUAGGAGUGAACGUGCUUGGGACCGAUAGAUGGGUGAAAUUUGAUAACCUAAGAUGUCAACUUCAUGCCUCACUGUGGAAUGCUUCCCUCUUGCCGAUUACUAGGUUUUGCUAUGUGCGCGAUGAAGAUCACAUUGUUUUACUGCGCAUGAGGGAGCAUAAAGAGCGUUCCAAAUCUAAAUGGGGAUGGAUGCCACUUUCAAGCUUACCUUGGCCAACUCAUGUGACAGUGACCGACCAUCCUGACGUGCCUUUUGUCAGCUUGAUGAGAGCUCUUGCGAAUCCCAGGGUGGUAGGUAAAUUUCAUUGUGUCGUUCGCGUUGUGGCAUCAUUUCCUUGGAGCGUUGAGGAAUAUCGCUCCCCUUCUGGUAUUUAUAGGAUCCGACUAACCUUAGAGGAUCCUACUGCCCGAAUCCAUGCCUAUCUAUAUGCUGAGGAUGCGGAACAUUUCUUUGGUGGCUACCCUUCUUUUGAUGUGCUAAAAAGAAAGCGGAAUUUGUUGCUUGGAAUUUCUGAAAGUGAUGGCGAUAGUGAGAUGAAUGAAACGUCCAGAAAUCCUCCCUGGAUAAUCUGUUGCUUGUUUUCUUAUCCCAUUGAUGAGAAUGAUGUCUGGGGAAGCAGGAAUUUCCGAAUUUUCGCAACCAUACUCGUGGGAUGAGCAAGUGAAAUUUGUAUAUUUUGUGUACAUGUAAAGGGCCAAACGUAUAUUGAGUCCUUGUAAAUGUGGUAGUGCUAGUUUUUGGAAAACUAUCAGCCUUUUUUGCAUUAUAAUUAUCUUAUUGCUGAAGCACUUCAACGUCGGGAGUGACCAAAUGUAUUUUGCUUUCUUGUAAAUGUAGUGAUCACCUUUUCUGUACAAGUACGUUUUAAAGUUACUUAGUAGUAAGUAAAUAUUUUGGUGCUGAAUAAUGCCAUAUUGAAAGUUGUACUUUUUAUCAAUAUUA